AUGGAGAGCCGAAAGGACAUAGUCAUGUUUUUGGAGGGGAGUCAGCUUGGCACCUUGGUUGGCAAGAGGGUCUCCAAUUUGUCCGAAGCCGUGGGCAGCCCGCUGUCUGAGCCACCCGAGAAGAUGGUGCCCCGUAGUUGCCUGAGCCCGCGGGCCGGUCCUCCGGCCGCCCGGGAGCGCGGCGGGGGAGGCCCGGAGGAGGAGCCGGUGGACGGACUAGCAGGCAGCAAGGCGGGAACCGGAGCGGAGCCGCGAGCAGCUGGGGCGGCUGUUCUCGGCCCGGGCCCUCCGGCCCCCUCUACCAACAGCCUCUCAGGCCAGGGGCAACCCAGUAGUUCGGACACCGAGUCGGAUUUCUAUGAAGAAAUCGAGGUGAGCUGCACCCCGGACUGCGCCACCGGGAACGGCGAGUACCAGCGCAGCAAAGGGCCGGGCUCUGAGACACUGGCUGGCAGUCCGAACGGCGGCAGCGAGGCGCCCAAAAGCAACGGUGGCGGAGGAGGCGGCGGAGGGAGUGGCUCACAGGGCACCCUGGCCUGCAGCGCCAGUGACCAGAUGCGCCGAUACCGCACCGCUUUCACCCGGGAACAGAUUGCGCGGCUGGAGAAGGAAUUCUAUCGGGAGAACUACGUAUCCAGGCCGCGGAGAUGCGAACUGGCGGCUGCCCUAAACCUGCCCGAAACCACCAUCAAGGUGUGGUUCCAAAACCGGCGCAUGAAGGACAAGCGGCAGCGGCUGGCCAUGACGUGGCCGCACCCGGCCGACCCCGCCUUCUACACGUACAUGAUGAGCCACGCGGCGGCCGCGGGCGGCCUGCCCUACCCCUUCCCGUCGCACCUGCCCCUGCCCUACUACUCGCCCGUGGGCCUGGGCGCAGCGUCCGCCGCCUCGGCUGCCGCCUCGCCCUUCAGCGGCCCGCUGCGCCCGCUCGACACCUUCCGCGUGCUCUCGCAGCCCUACCCGCGGCCCGAACUGCUGUGCGCCUUCCGCCACCCGCCGCUCUACCCCGGCCCAGCACACGGACUGGGCGCCUCGGCUGCCGGCGGCCCCUGCUCCUGCCUCGCCUGCCACAGCGGCCCGGCCAACGGGCUAGCGCCCCGGGGCGCCGCAGCAGCCGCUUCGGACUUCACCUGUGCCUCCACCUCCCGCUCGGACUCCUUCCUCACCUUCGCGCCGUCGGUGCUCAGCAAGGCCUCCUCCGUUGCGCUGGACCAGAGGGAGGAGGUGCCCCUCACCAGAUAA